CGGGUCAAAAAGUCGUCGUGCAGAUGGCGUCAUCCAUGGCUUUUGCCACGUUGAGGCCCACGUUCUCAAGUAGCCAUCCAGUUUUGAGUAGCGCCAGUUCCAAUCACCACGCGCGGACGCGCGCCAGCGCAGCCCCAAGCGGCGCGGAAGCUGCUGGCGUGGUGUCGGCAGGCACUGUGGCGGCCUGUGGAGCAGUCCGCCGCCGUGUGGCGCGGAGAUCACGUGGAUCCGUGGCGCGGAGAUCCGCGCGGCCGUCGUUUCGGGGCCAGCGUCGAUCGGUGGCCACGGAGGCACCGCCAGAGACGAAGACGACAGAGCAGGCUUGGAAGAAAUAUGGACUCAAGUGGGGCGUCCACAAGUUCGGAGGGGCAUCCUUGAACGAUGCAGAACUUUACAAGACUUGUGGUGAUCUUUUGCUGUCGGAGUCCAAAAACCAUGCAGUCAACGGCCAGAACGUGCCCACAGCUGCCAUCGUGUCCGCCGCCGGAGGCAUGACGGAUGCCUUGGUGUCCAUCAUCAACACCUCCCUGGUCAGCGUGGAGGAGUCCUGCGAGAAGUUGACGGCCACCGCGGAGCGGCAGAAGUCCAUCCUGCUGGAGUUGGUUCCAGACCACAAAGAGUUGACAGAUCAAGUGAUCAAGAACAUCGAACAGGACCAGGACGCCGUGAAAGCCAUGCUCUUGGCCGCCUCCAAGAUGCGCGGCGUGCCGCCGCAGAUGUUGGAACUCGUGGCGGGGCUCGGGGAGGUCUGGUCCGCGCAGACCUUGGCCGCCUACUUGAAGUCCGUUGGUACAACUUGCGAAUGGAUUGAUGCCAGAGAUGUGCUCAUCGUGCCGGAUGGACCACUGUCAGGCUUAGGCGAGAAGGGCACAGCUAUGGACACCAUCGAGCCAUUUUGGGACGAGUCGGCAGAAAGACUGGAGCGAUGGUGGCUGAACAAUCUGGCCGACAAAGAAGGCUCACCCUUCGUCAUCAUCACUGGCUUCGUUUGCAGCACCAUGUCUGGAAGGCCCACCACGCUGAAGCGAAGUGGCUCCGACUAUUCGGCGACGAUUUUUGCCAAGAUUCUCGAUGCGUCCAAUGUGACCUUCUGGAAGAACGUCAGCGGUGUCUACACCGCAGACCCACGGCAGGUGCCGGAAGCCUUUCCCAUCAACAGUCGCCUGGUGCCGAGUAUGACCUUCGAUGAGGCCAUGGAACUCGCCUACUUCGGCGGACAGGUGCUGCAUCCCUCGGCCAUGGUGCCCUGCAUCGAGGAACGCAUCCCGGUGCUGGUGAAGAACGUCUUUGAUCCUGCGCACCCGGGCACACGCGUCUACGGCCGCGGCGAUGCCAUCCUGCGCUGGGACGACCAGGAUGAUGAGAUCGACGAGAACAUGCCGGUGAAGGCCAUCACUUCCAUCGAGAAGGUGAGCCUGAUCACCAUCACGGGGACAUCCUUCAUGGGCACCCACGGUGUGGCCGAACGGUUUAUGGCGGCGCUGGCCAGCGUGGGGGUGAACGUGAUCCUGACCUCCCAGGGUUCAUCGGAGCAUUCCAUCUCUGUGGCCGUGGCAAACACGGAUGGAAAGUUGGCCCUGCAGGCCGUUGAAGACGCCUUCCAAUUGGAGAUUGCCCGAAACACUGAAACUCGCGCGAAUCUCAUGGAGGACCUGAGCAUUUUAGCGGUGAUUGGCGAGGGAAUGAAGAACUACGCGGGCAUCUCUGGCCGCUUCUUCAAUGCUCUGGGCCAGUCCAAAGUCAAUAUCGUGGCCAUCGCCCAGGGUUCCUCCGAGCGAAAUAUCUCCGCAGUGGUCUCCAGGGAUGAAUUGGGGCUAGCGCUGAAAGGCACGCACGACGCAUUUCUCCUGAAGGAGAGUUGUGUCUCUGUUAGUGUGAUUGGUAGCGGUCGUGUUGGGUCGGCCUUCCUACAAAAGCUGAAGGCAUGGGAAAGCAAUGAGGGACGUGACUUUUCGCUGCCAUCCAUGCGCGAAGUGCAAUACCUCACAAUUGACCUCCGAGCUUUGUGUGACAAGAAUAAGAUGUUCUGUGCACAACGCGGCUUGCCAUUGGCGGAGCUGGAAAAGCACAUCGCCGAUGGCAGCUUGGACCUUCGAAAGAUCGAGGGCAAGGACUUCACAAGUGAGACGGAGGUCUCUGACUCGAAUCUGGACGCCUUCAUUGAGUUCACGGAGUCGAAGGAGUAUCCGCGGAAAAUCAUCGUGGACUGUACCGACUCUGAAGCCGUAGCAUCAAGAUAUCCUGACUGGUUGCAGCGUGGCUUUCACAUCAUCACUCCCAAUCGACAAGUUUUGGUGGGCCCUUACGAGCAUUACAAGGAAUGCUUCAAGCACGUGGGAAAUGUUGGCAAAUUUGGUGGGGCACAGUUCCGCUAUGAUGCAACCGUGGGAGGACAGAUUCCCAUCAUCACACUGCUUCAGGAUUUGCUGCAGACCGGCGAUCGAAUAGAUAGUUUGACCGGUGUGCUGUCAGGCACCCUGAGCUUAGCCUUUAACCAGCUCAAUGCGGAUCCUGAAAUGCCUUUUAGCCAGGCAUACCAACUCGCAAGUGAACGCCAAUUAACGGCGACGAAUUCAGAAGAAGAUCUCUCCGGUUUUGACACCGCCAAGAAGUCUCUCAUUCUGGCGCGCGAGCUUGGUCUGACGCUGGAACUUUCUGAUGUUCAAGUGGAUUCCUUGCUGCCGGAGCCAGUCGAGGGCAAAGAUCUCUUGGCGCUACUCAAGGAGAAGGUAGAUGGCCCCAUGGCCGAGAAGUUUCGUGAGGCAAAAGAGAAAGGGGAGCUCCUUUUCUACGUGGGGAGAAUUGAUGUGCCGAAGGGAUCCAUCACGGCGGGCAUCCAAAGCUUUCCAGCGCAGAACCCGCCCUUUGCCGUGCAAGAUGCCGACAUGGCCGUGGAGGUGGUGUCGCAGCGCUUUCCUGAGAGCACCCCGUUGGUCUUCCGCGGCCCCGGCGCCGGCGCCGACUUCGCUGCCUCGGGGCUCUUCGCGUCCUUGCGCCUCGGAGAAGCCCAGGUUGAGAGUUUGCAGAUCCCUCCUUUGAGGAGUCCUGGAAUGUUGGAAGAGACGCCAGUAGUGACGGAGACGCUGCUGCUUGAGAAUGCGCCAUCCUCCAUGAAUGCUGUGGUGACCGGUGCUAUGGAUGAUGAGGAUCAGUCUGGCAAUGCACGGCUUGGGUACAGCGGACGCAGCGAAAAAAUGCAUCGUUUUCUGGCCAAGGAGUUCAAGGACACAGGCGCAGCAGAUCUUUCCUACGAGGAGAUGUGCAGGAACCAGACUCGGGGAAGGCGAGAGCUCAUUGCUGGUUGCUUCUUCGAGCUACUUGUGCUGAAAACCAACGGUGUCAUCAACUUGGAACAGGCAAAUCCGUUGUCCGACAUCAAAAUCGCCAAGGCGGGGCAAUUUGCCAAGUAAGGCGCUGGUUGUGUUAAUGCUGGCUUCUUUGAAAACCAACUGGGUACCCUCUGGUAAACAAAC